AUGUUGUACUCCGUAGCGACAGCUUUUGUUAUAUUCGCGAGCUUGUCUGCAGCAUCACCAGCUCUACGACAAGACUUGCCAUCGGUCAACGAGGCUGGGAACCAUAUUGCAGCAAGAAACGACGAUUCCAGGCUCUCUACAGACGCCGCAAGCGAUACACUCAACACGAAUGCCGCCUGCGAUGACUUCGGCAAGAUUCAAGCUGCAGGCUAUACUCUCGAAAACAACAUUUGGGGUCGGAGGAAAGGUGUAACCUUGGUCGGGAGUCAAUGUGUCAACGUUAAUAGUAUCAAGGGCAAUCAGGUCGCAUGGACCGCCGACUUCGCAUGGGACAGAGGGGACGGAGGCGUGAAAUCAUUCCCGAAUCUGCAACUCAAUCGAAACCCCAUACAACUGGGAAAAAUAACGAACAUGCGUACGACCUUCAACUGGGACCUUUACUGCAAUCCGAAGUCAGAUAUCGGAGCUAGCAUCGUCUAUGACCUUUUCGCCGGCCCUCAGCCCGAUGUGAACAAGAAAACAAACGAGAUCAUGGUCUGGACCGGCGCUCAAGGCGGAAACGGUCCGCUCUCAUACAGUUACAACCCGUACGUGGCUAUCCGACAGAACAUCGAAGUUCCCGGCGUCAGAGGUCGUUGGGACCUGUACAAAGGUCCAAACAGUGGCACAGUCGUGCACUCAUUCGUUGCAACGAAUGGUAGGGGCACCGGCAAGCAGAACUGGGUUGAACGAAAGCAGUGGACCGGCAAUCUGGUCAAUUUCAUCAAGUACCUGAUCCAACAGAAGGAGAUUCGGGCAGACUACUGGCUGGUCCAGAGUCAAGCUGGGACUGAGUUGACAUACGGCGGUAAGAAUCCAGCUCAGAGUCGCAGCUGCAAGUUUGCGGUCAGUCAAUUUGAUCUCGAGGUUUCUUGA